AUGUGGAGAUUAACAUGCGUUACGUUGACCCUGCUCAUGUGUGCCAAAGGUUCACAUUCUCAGUUGAAUGUUUGUGGACAGGCUCCUCUAAACACCCGUAUUGUUGGUGGUGUGAACGCACCUGAUGGGUCGUGGCCGUGGCAGGUCAGUCUGCACCGUUCUGGAUAUCAUUUUUGCGGAGGCUCCCUCAUCAACAAUGAAUGGGUCCUGACGGCAGCUCACUGUUUACCUGGUGUCAGCGCAUCCAGUCUGCGUGUGUAUUUGGGAAGGAGGACACAGCAGGGAGUCAAUGCCAAUGAGAUCAGCAGAAACGUGAGAACGAUAAUCACCCACUCCUCUUACAACAGCUUCACACAUGACAAUGACAUCGCUCUGCUCCGGCUGUCCUCCACGGUCACCUUCAAUAACUACAUUAGACCCGUGUGUCUGGCGGCCCAGAACAGCGUCUUCCCUUCUGGCACCAGCAGCUGGAUCACAGGCUGGGGAGAUGUUCAAUCUGGAGUGAGCCUACCUUCUCCUGGGAUUCUGCAGGAGACUAUGGUUCCAGUGGUGGACAAUGUUCAAUGUAAUACUCUGCUGGGUUCUGGAUCUGUUACCAGCAACAUGAUGUGUGCUGGUUUAACGCAGGGAGGCAAAGACACCUGCCAGGGGGAUUCUGGUGGUCCGAUGGUGCCGAUGCAGUGUACAGUGUGGGUUCAGUCUGGUAUCACCAGCUGGGGUUAUGGCUGUGCCCAUCCCAACUCUCCUGGAGUUUACACCAGCGUGUCUCGAUAUCAGAGUUGGAUCACAAACAACAUUGGACAGAACCUGCCGGGAUUUGUCACCUUCAGUCCCUCUAACUCAUGCUCUGCCAGCCUAACCUCAACCUCCUGUAGGGGGAGAUGCAAUGAGAAGUACAACAGUCACUUCCGCUGCAACUGCAAUACUAACUGCAUUUUAAACUGCUGCAAAGAUUACAGACAGCAUUGUGCCAUGUGAGGUGUCUCAUAAUUCCAUGGAUUAUUUGAUCACAGGCUUAUAAUCAUGUCACUUGCACAUAAAUCAGAUGAUCUUUAUCUGCUUCUUCUGCGAGGAGAUUUUACUUCAGUGCCACUUUGGAUGAGUUGCACAGUCAGAAACGAGCACCAAUGCAAACGCAGUCAAAGAACUGCUGCACUGACUUCACUCAGGGGUGU